AUGGCCUCAACUGAAACCGCCAGCUUAAGCUCUCUGGAGCGGUAUCGUCGUAUUAUAUAUGUGAUUCGUUUGUGCGCUCGCAUCUGUGGCGCGGAUAUUUCCUCGCCGGAUUGGCACUGGAGCUGGCUCACUAGAUUGAUCGUUUCACUGUGCUUAUGCUUCUACAUUGGCACAUUCUACACUAUUUAUGUGGGCGUGAUUGUUCACAAGGAUUGGACCAUUUUAAUGGACGCCGCUUGCUGUCUAGGAGCUGGUGUCCAGGGAUUGACGAAGUUGUUCUGCGUAAUAGCACAUCGCCAUGCGCUGCGCGAAUCGCAGGAGUUUCUGGAUGCCACCUUUAUGGAGUAUGAGCAGAAGCAUAUGGGAUACCAGCAGGUGCUGAUGGAUGGCAUUGCCAUGACAAUGCGUGGCAUCAAUUCAUUCGUAGUUUUCAAUUGUGUCGCCCUCCUCGUUGUUAUUGCGAUACCCGCGACGUACUAUAUUCUUUACAAUGAAAAGCAUGUGAUUAUCCAGUUUCUUCUACCCGGCAUCGAUCCCAACACCAACACUGGUUUUCUAAUUCUAAGUGGUAUUCAUAUCGGGUUACUGUCCCUCGGGGCAUUUGGCCAAUUUGCUGGAGAUAUGUACCUCUUCGUUUUCAUCAACAAUCUGCCGAUGCUAAAGAACAUACUCGGCUGCGGGUUGCAGGAUCUGAACGAUUUAUUGGACGACAACUGCAGCCAGGCAGAACUGCAUGCCGAAAUGGUGAAAAUUGUGAAUCUGCAUCAGCAAUAUUUGAGGUUACUGGAGCAUACGCAGCGCAUUUUCUUUCAUCCCAUAUUUGUGCAGAUCUUUGCGACCGCCUCCGGCAUACUCUGCACCAUGUUCUGCAUGCUGAUCGGUGUAUGGCCGGGAGCUCCAGCCUACUUGGGCUACAGCAUUGUUACCCUCUAUUUCUACUGCGGCCUGGGCAACAUUGUCGAGUUAUCGAACGAAGAUUGCUGCACCAUCAUCUACACGAAGUGCCAAUGGUAUCGGCUGCCAAUCCCGUAUCAGAAACUGCUGCUGUUCAUGCUGCACAAAUCGCAGGACGUGCAGAAUCUAACAAUUGGCAACAUGAUGCCCCUGUCGAUGAACACGGCUGUGCAGUUGUCAAAGGCGAUCUAUAGUAUCCUGAUGUUGUUGCUGAGUAGCGAAUAA